AUGUCGGUUGAGCUGGAAGAGGCCGACCUGCCCCUGGCCGAGGCGGAGGAAGCGCCCCUGGCCCCCGAGAAGAGGGGCGCGGCCAAGCGGGCCAGGGGAGGGGGCGCCGCCGCCGCCGCCUCGUCCCUCUCGCCCUCCAAGCGGAGGAAGAACAACAAGAAGAAGAACCAGCCGGGCAAGUACAGCCAGCUGGUGGUGGAGACGAUCCGCAAGCUGGGCGAGCGCAACGGCUCCUCGCUGGCCAAGAUCUACAACGAGGCCAAGAAGGUGGCCUGGUUCGACCAGCAGAACGGGCGCACCUACCUCAAGUACUCCAUCAAGGCGCUGGUGCAGAACGACACCCUGCUGCAGGUGAAGGGCACCGGCGCCAACGGCUCCUUCAAGCUCAACAGGAAGAAGCUGGAGGGCGCCGGCGGCGAAGGGGGGCCCGGCCCCGCCGCCCACGCCAAGGCCCUCAAGAAGGUGGUCGCCGCCGCCGCCUCCUCCACCUCCCGCAAGGCCGACAAGAAGCCCGUCCCCAAGAGCAAGAAGCCCGAGAAGAAGUCGCACAAGAAAGGCGGCGGCGGCGGCGGGGCGGCCAAAAAGGACAAGGUGAAGAAGGCCAAGAAGGCGGCCAAGAAGAGCGCCGCCUCCCCCAGCGCCAAGAAGGUGAAGAAGUCCGCCAAGCCCAAGGCGCUGAAGGGCAGGAAGGCGUGA